GAACAGAGGCUAUUUCAAACAUUUGGCAGUUAUUGAUUUAUUGUUAACCAAUUAACCAAAAAGCGUCAUAGAUUUUAAGAUGAUUGUGAUCAACUAGUUAGUACUGCACUAUAUCCUGGUCUUCCACUUGCUCCUGCAAUGGAACCCCAGGGGCAGCCCCCUGCAGCAACAGCAGCUAGUACUCCCAUUACUCCUGAGGCCCCCAGUGGCACAGAUCCAUUAAUUAGCAGUUUGACUUUAAGCAAGGUUGAUAUAGUUUCUAAUUAUUAGAUCCAUAUAAUCAGCGGAGGAUGAAGUCCGUUGCUGACCACUGUCAGCUGUACCAUUAAAACAAAAAACAAAACAAAAAAACCCCCCAAAACCAAGACCAUAAUAGCUUGUUGCCUGCUUUCAGAUAUCUGGAAGCUAUGGAUAUUUUUAGAUCCAAUGCCAGUUCUGUUUGGUGUCUGAUCCUGGGGUCUCAAAAGGGCACAAAUGAAUACCAGACAUCAGUCCAGUUCCAAGAUCAGCUCAAAUCGUUGCUUUGUUUCGGGGCUGCAACAGCGCCAAACAGGCUGUUCCAGCAGACCAGGCUGCCGGGAGCACAUCAGCAUUCUAGCCACACCGCCUUCACCCUAGAAGUCCAGCUCCUGCUCUGUGUCUUAAUGGCUGAGUUUGCUGAGUGGCUGGGUCUGGUGCACUACAUGGAAGUUCUGAUGAUGAUCACAAGUAUAGAGUACACUGCACCAAUAUCAGAUGAAAAUGUGACUGUCACUGACACAAAAUUUAACAAUGUUCCAGUCCGUUUGUAUGUACCCAGGAAGCAAUCCAGUGGGCUGAAAAGGGCAGUGAUUUACAUUCAUGGUGGAGGCUGGUGUGUAGGAGGCUCAGCCAUGGAGCCCUAUGACCUCCUGUCAAGAUGGACGGCAAACGAGCUAAAUGCUGUUGUCAUAUCAGUCGAGUACAGAUUAGCACCUAUGCAUCAUUUUCCGGUUCAAUUCGAAGACGUGUACGCUGUAGUGAAGUUCUUCCUCCAAACCAGCGUUCUUGCACGCUAUGGGGUGGACCCAGAUCGGGUCUGUGUUUCAGGAGACAGUGCAGGAGGCAACUUAGCUGCAGCUGUGGCACAGCAGUUGCUAGAUGACCCGGAAGUUAAAGCUAAACUUAAGAUCCAAGCUUUACUUUACCCUGCUCUUCAGACCCUUGAUCUGGAUUUGCCCUCCUAUAAAGAAAAUGAGAACAAGCCGAUUCUGCCCAAGUCAUUGAUGGUCAGAUUCUGGAGUGAAUACUUUACUACUGAUGUCUCUCUUAAAGAAGCUAUGGCUUCCAAUAGACAUGUUCCUGCAGAAUCAAGCCAUUUGUUUAGGUUUGUAAACUGGAGCAAUUUGCUGCCUGAAAAGUUUAAAAAGGAUCAUGUUUAUGCCAGCCCCAUUUAUGGAAGUUCCAAGCUUGGAAAAAAAUAUCCAGGAUUUCUGGAUCCAAGGGCAGCACCACUCUUGGCUGAUGAUACCAAGUUAUUUGGCUUACCUGUGACAUAUGUCCUCACGUGUCAACAUGAUGUCUUGAGGGAUGAUGGAAUCAUGUAUGUCUCACGACUUAGGAAAGUAGGAAUUGAAGUAAUACAUGACCACAUUGAGGAUGCAAUUCAUGGGGCUCUAAUGUUUAUUACAAGUCCAACUGAUUUAGCUCUAGGACAUAGAGUAGCAAAUAAAUAUAUUGAGUGGUUAAAUGUGAACUUAUAAAGUAAAAGAGGGUAUUUAAUGCAUUUGGCUCUUAUUCACUGGGUCUGUAUUUGGGAAGAAAAGGGUCCCUGUUGAACAUUGUGGAUGUGAAAAUGCCAUACUGAAACUAUACAUUUCUCUACAAUGUUUGGGUUCAGGUUGGCUUCUUACCUACUCUGGCAGGUGACUUAGGCUGUCUCUAAUCUAAGUGCUCUUUCAUCACUGGGAUAAAAAAUCCAAGUACACUCGCCCUUACUGCCAUCAGUUACUAGCCUUGAAUUUCUCUACACAAGAAUACAAGUUCCCCUGCCCCAGAUCUUUUUUACAUCUAACUACCACUCCCCACUCUGCCCCCUUCCUUCCUCUUUCCAUUCUAUAGUUUCUGCUGCUAACUUAUCACAGCAAAUCAUACUCCCCAAAGUGUCUUUAUCUUUCAAUAUUUCUCUAUUACAAUCCAUGCCUCAUAAGCCUGUAUGUGUGCUGGCCCAUCUUAGUGUCCUUCCCCCGGCCCUUGAAUGGAUAUCAGUGGGAUCACUUAACAAUAGAAUGUUUGUUGUAGCCCAUUUAAUAUCAUCAGUGGUGGUCAGUUCCCAUAGUCAUCAGUGAGAAACGAGUCUGAGGUACAAGGGAAGGGUGGAGACAAAUGGCAGUUCAGGGACCAAAUUCCAUGGCUGAGGUAAGGAAACAAUUUUGUCGAAGCCUGAGAAGCCUUUGUGGCUGGCACUUGUGUGGGUAUGUUUCUCCUCUAGGCAGCAUUCAAGGAAGCAGUUGAAAACAUAACUGAAUUUGAAUGGCUGUGAAUAUGACAGCUGUUAUAAAUAUGUAAUUAGGUUUUGGUGCCGUUAUUAGACUUUGUCUAAUCACAUUCAUUAACUUUUUUGUUUACUGCAAAAAUAAAGUGUAAUUGAACCGCAUUGGAUACUGUAUCAUCAAAACAAAUAAAACGCUAAAGAUUACAACCUUGCAAUAACACCAUUUUAUGGCUUGUGUUUCUCUUAUUACUCAUUAUAUGGUAAGCCUUAUGAUUUUAAGUUAGCUGAACUUAUUCCAUUUGUAUAGCACAUUUUAAAAUCUAGGCUUAGACAUGAUAUGGACUCAAACAAGACACAAAUCUCAGUCAGUCUAUAUUGCAUGAAUAGGCUUUAACACAAACAUAAAUAUUUUGUACAUUAAAAAUAGUGUCCUAAAGGUUUUGGAAUCAUGAAAAGUCACAACCCUGAGUUUUUGUUUGUUUGUACAUGUGA